AUGAGAGCGCAAACCUCACCCAGGUUCAAAUCACAGACAGGACUCGUACCAGGCAUGCUGAAGCGCACCAAAUACAGUCGUCUGCGCAACGAUUCGCUGACGUCCCUGGAGGACCGGCCCCAAAGGAUGCUGCCCUCAAAGGGGGACCUUUGCCUGGACUCUGACUUUGCACAGCUGGAUCCAGGUGUGACCGCACACCAUGGGACGUCCACCCUGAGGGACUUCAUCCCCCGCGUGGCCAACAUCCGAUUGCAAAGUCCAAUUUCCCUGAGGGGACAGACAAACACAGACCGGGACAGAACCAUUGAUGGACACACUGACAGACCCCUAUCUGGAGCAGAAUGGGGCUCAGGGCCCGAUCAGAGAUUUGGUAGCCAACCUUCCCUCAAUGUGCCCCCAUCAACUGGCCAAAAUCUAACUCUGUCGGCUCUGCGCUGCACCAAAAGACCCAUCACCCUCCAUCGGAUGACCAGUCUCCCCUGGACCCCCAACCGGCCUCCUUGCUCUCAACACAGAGACGGUCUGUGCCUUUUGAAGACCUCCCCAGCAGUAGAUGACUGCACAGUGUUGGGGACGGCAAGCAGAAUGGUUCACCAUCACAUCAAGUACAUGGGUAGUGUGGAGGUGACCCAGUCCAUGAGAACCCUCGACUUUGAUAUGAGAAUGAAAGUCACACGAGAGGCAAUCAGCAGACUGUGUGAGAGGACAUCAGCAGUGAAAAGUAAAAGGCCUGUCUGCAAGGGACUGUCUGCUCUUCUGGGUCAAAUCAACCUACAGUUCUCAGGCAACAGAAUCAUCCUCACCGUCUCCACCGACAGUGUGACUCUGAUCACUGCCUCCUCCUUUCAGAAGAUUGCCCACCACCCCAUGCAGGCCAUUUCAUUUGCCUCAGGAGGAGAUCCAGACAUGGCUGAUUACAUCGCUUAUGUUGCCAAGGACCUCGUCAAUCAGAGAGCAUGUCACAUCCUGGAGUGUCCGAGAGGUCGUGCCGGUGAGGUUAUCAACAGCAUCGGUCAGGCCUUCGAGACUCGUUUCAGACAACUUCUCAACCACACGCCAUCGCCCCUCUCCCACAAUCCCAGGUCGGCAGUGAGGAUCUGUCACAAAUGGAGCACAGAGGAGACGAUAACAGACCAGAAGGCCGAGCAGGAAGUUGAAGCAAGCGAGCACCGUGACUACUACAACAUGAUCCCCAGAAAGACGCCACCCGCUGGUAGCAUAGAGGGCCUGCGGGUCACUAGCGAGGAGAACAAACAGGAUCCUGACAUAUUGAGGGUUUGUUCGUCUCAGCCUCUUUCAUUGUAUGAGAACUGCUCCGUCACAGAAGAAACUCCAGCUCCACCUGCAGACCUAGUAUCUAAGAUCAGACAUGAACAGUUCAUUCCUCUCUCUGAGACACGGAUCCAGGACCUGAUCCAGGAGGAAGUCUGGUUCCACGGCAGAUUAGGAAGGGAGCAGGCGGAGUCACUUCUCACCUGUAGCGGGGAUUUCCUGGUCAGAGAGAGCAGCUCUGCCUCUGGUCAGUAUGUCCUCAGCGGGAUGGAGGGAGCCACCGUUCGUCACCUGCUGCUGGUGGAUCCACAUGGACAGGUGCGGACCCGUGAUCAGGUGUUUCUGAGUGUUGGUCACCUGGUGCGAUUCCACAUGGAGAACCAGAUGCCCAUCGUCUCUGGAAGCAGUGAGCUGUCACUGAGACAGCCAAUCCUACAAAGACACUAA